AAUGCAUGGAACGACAAAAGCCCCAAAGACGGCUUCGUGUGCAUGAGAGUUGACAAUUCCACGCUUGCCGUUGACACAAUCUGGAACUGGGAUAAAGACAUUCAAGACGUCCACUCGUUUCCAUACGUGCGAUUCAGCCACAAAGAUAUCCCCCUGCGCCUCAGCAGUCUUCAAUCUAUCCGCCUCGCGACUAAAUGGAUGUACACUCCUGGUAGUCCCAGUGAGCCGCCUCGCGAGUUUACUCAGUCUGUGUGGGCAGAGAAUAAGGCGGAGCUGCAGAGAGACGGAGUACAGGCCAAUGCCGCCUGGGACUUCUUCCUCGACGAUGACCGCAAUAGGACUCUGUAUCCUCAAGAUGCGGCUAUCGAGUUUAUGGUCUGGCUUGGUCGGGUGGGAGAUCCGUGGUGGCUUGGUCGACAGGAGAAUACGAUACUCUCCAACGUGACACUUGGAGAGACCGAGUUCUCAUUAUACUAUGGCCGCAACUCAGGUGGCACCCACGUAUUCACUGCCGUCACUCGCAACGGCGAGGACGUCUUGUCCUUUGACGAAGACUUCUAUCCUCUUUUUGAAUACAUCCUUGAGCAAGCACACAAACACAUUGACACACCGAAUGAUCUACCCAAGGAUCCUUGGCUAGGAAUAGUCGAGUUCGGUACAGAAACUUGGCUUUCAGACGGAAAUGUCACUUUCACUGCUGCUGAUUUCAGCAUGGAACUG